AUGGAUCUUUGGUAUCCAUCUCUAAUAAUUCCAUUAUCAUCUUCUGUUGGUCAAGAAAUUUUUUCUAAUUCAUCACAUGUUGCUUAUGAUCGUCUUAAUCCACAUUUUGAAGGACAAGAACAUUUAUCGUUUUGUGGUAUUGCCUGUGCUACAAUUUUACUAAACACUCUUCUACCUUAUCAAAAUUGGAGUCAAUCAAAUAUUUAUUCAAAUGUUGCUCGAAAUCAUAUGUCAAAUGGAAUAACUCUAUCUAAAUUAUCUUAUGUUCUUGAAAAAUGUGGUCUUCGAUCAAGAAUUCAUUAUUGUGAAGAUAAAACCAUCGAAGAACAAUUUCGAAAAGAUCUUAGAAAAGAGAAAAAUUUUCUAAUUGUUAAUUAUUUGAGACAAUUUAAAGAAAAAAAUAAAAAUCAUAUUCAUCGAGGUGGACAUUUAAGUUUAAUUGCUGGAUUUAAUCAAAUAACAGAUCAUGUUCUUAUAUUGGAUACAAGUCAUACAAGAUUUCCUCAUCAUUGGUUAUCAGUAAAAGAUUUGAUUCAAAUGAUGUGUACAUACGAUAAAAUGUCAUCAAGACCAAGAGGAUAUUUAGUUAUUACUGAUCCUAAACAGAUUGAAUAA